UCAUGAUUCCCACUCAGCUGUUACUGUAAGUCGCUCUCACUUUCCACUUGCAUCCAUUCACAAAUCUGCGCUGUUGACCAGCAGCAGGAAAAAGUCGGAUUUGGAGAGUCACCGCCACCAACCACGCGUCGGAUUAAUCAGCUCGUCUGUCAGUUUUGGAGCAACUUGUUGCGCAGCUGUUAUUUCUAUCCUCCUCUGUGGUCCAUUUUACCGCAGCAGGACGGGUCUUAAUCAGCAGCAAAACAGCCGCUGUUAUGCGUUUCCGUCGGCUCCUGAUGUUUUCUGUGAGGGAACACACAUGGAUGAAGCGGUGACUUUCUCCCAGUUUCGGUGCGUACAGGCCAGAGGAGAAGAUGACGCGGCCUCGAAGGAUUCUUUCACCUUCUUCUGUGUGUGUUUUUUUGUUUAAAUGAAAUCCUAGAAGUCCUACAGUGAAAUUCUCGAGUCUCUUUAAUAUGAUCAAAGGAACAGGGGAUGAGAGUCAUGAGCUGCCACGGACUGGACUGGAGCCACAGCCUCAUCUGUUUGACUUUACUGCUGUGGACCAGACGCAUGAAUGGACUGGCUGACUUCUCAAACUACCUAUCCAGGAUCAUCACCAGCCACUAUGCUCACGCCUGUGACGGCCAGCCUCUUAGACUCCACUGUCCACGUCACUCCACCAUCUCCAUCCAGUCUGCUUUCUAUGGGAGCGGUGAGGUGCGGCUGUGCAGAGCAGAGCCAGACCCUCCGCCGACAGGCCACAACCACAGCUGUUCAGCUUUUACUGCUCUACAGAAGCUGCUGUCAGAGUGUCAGAGCCACAGAAAUUGCCAGCUGCCUGUCAAUCACCUGCUGUUUGGGAAGGACCCCUGCCCCGGCACAACCAAAUACCUCCAUGUGCACUACAAGUGUAAACCUACUGAACACAAAAGACAUGUGGCAUGUGAAGGAGAGACCAUGGUCCUGCGCUGUAAGCCCCCCAGGGUGCUGAACAUCUAUGCAGCUGUCUACGGGCGAAGUCUGGGUCAGACAGACACCUGCCCCUCACACCUGACAAGACCACCCCCAUUCGAGUGUCUCAACCAUGAAGCUGUACACUUGGUGUCCAAGUCCUGCUACAACAAACAGAAGUGCGUCGUUGCCGUGAACAACCAGACCUUUAGAGACCCCUGUUUUCCAGGAACCAGGAAGUACCUCAGUGUGAUCUAUUCUUGCGUACCACAGACUUUACUAAGGGAGGCAGACCCAAACAUAUUCACCUCCACCUCAUCGCCCACCAUGGAUACAGAGAAAGUUUCUCCUGCAGAUCCAGAGGAGCCUUUUUCCACUGGGACAAGGCGGCCAGACAGCUCAGGAGCUAUGAUGAGCAACUCUCUCCUCACUUAUGCCUACAUCAAAGAGCACCCUGAAAUGGCGGCACUGCUGUUUACCUCGAGUGUGUGCAUUGGUCUUCUGCUCACGCUGCUGGCUGUUUCUGUCCGAGUGACCUGUAGAGGGAAGCACCGCAGGGACGACAGACUCGCACCCAAGUCUGGUAGCCACGAGGAGGAGGAGGAUGAGGACGAUGACGAAGAUGAUGAUGAUGAUGACAACGGCGAGUUGACAGAGAACUCUUUAAUCUCAGCCGCAGACAGGAAGGCGCUGCACGGCUGGGAGGAGGUGACGUAUGUGAGCGAGGCUGCUGAACGGGCCGAGAGGAUCGAGCGCAGAGAGAUGAUCAUGCAGGAGAUCUGGAUGAACUCCUAUCUGAAUGGCACCUCAUGUUGAAUCCAUCAUGGACCAAUGGAUGCUAGUCUGCAUCUUCAGGACUUUUUUUUUCAUGAUGCAGGUCUUUACAUUGGAUUAUCGACGUUCCAAGAAAUGUUUUGUUGUAUUUUUUGCCAUUUUUGUUUGAGAAUUCAAUUUGUGAAGGUCAACAAGGGUUUAUGCUGCAAAAUGGGUGAUCAUGGGCAUUAAUGUGAUGCAUUUAUCACUAAAUGAAGCUCAGAUUUUAGACUAAAUUCACUGAUCAGAUGUCACAAAGCUCCCAUGCCAUUCAAGAAUAUUAUUGUAGUGACUCAUUGUCAAGCAACUUCAGAACAGCUGUACUGGUUAUAUAAACCAAAGAACAUGUCAGGGACCAUUUAAACAGUUUCAGCUCUAAUCCAAAGCUGCCUUUUAACACCAGGAUUAAAUCAGAGUUUUUUCAAACACAUUUUAAAUAAAUGCCAUUUUUUGUAAUUGUGGUAAACAGUUUUUAGAGCUCAUAUUAAAAGAAACUGCAUAAGCCAUUUUGAUUUGUUAUGACAGACAAAUAUAGGCAAUUACCAUGUUUUUAGUCCUUGUAGUAUAACUACUUAAGUGGUAGUUAAAUUUGGCAGCUAUUCACACCCGAGAUUAUCCAGUUUUACCUGCCACAACUAAUCACUGUCUCUUUAAAGAGGCAUCGGAUUUGAAUGUACAAUAAAAGGUUUUUUAUGCAGUAUUUCUUGAAACUGGUCACACUGCUUUUAAUCGCAACAUCAGCGAGUGUGUGAAACGGUCAGUCUGACCUCUGCAGCUUCCUCAUGCCUGCUGGGAUGACCAUCCACUGCUACGUAGCACCUUCCUGCUUCAGAGCAGCACCGACUUUCAGAGAUGUGUGUGCCACUA